CUGGUACUCCUGCACUGGUCAUAAUUUCUUUUUCUUCGCGAAGUCCCGUCCAUGUUCGCAAGUUGCACCAAUUUGGACAUGGCGCGCACGGGGUCACACAGGGAUGAGGCUGCUGGAGUCUGGCUUCGAUGCUUUCCAGAAGGCCACCAUUCUCACAUCGCUCCACGAACCUGCGGCUGGCCCUGGAUAUGGGCAAGCGGAUUCGGGCCCCGUUUCACAGUGCACCCAGCUGCAUGCAUGCACCGAGACAAGGGUCUCAGACUGCUGCCCAAUCCCACACGAUUUACCCGACUUGGGAAACUGCACCUGCGGCUAUUGGAGCCUGCUGCGUCGGAAAACGGUCACGAUUUCAACUUCAGUGCGAAAGUCACAGUGUGUCUGUUUGCGCGACUGCUUGUUAUCAACACUCACGGGUCCCACCGCUGUUUCUUGUUGACUCGGGCUAUGAUGCGGAUUUGAGACUAUGUUGAAUUCUGUUUUGUUCCCCAAACAUGGUCCGCGUUUGUCUCUUCUGUUGUUUCUGUUCCUCGAUGAUUCUCCAUCAGACCAUAAUCUGGUCAGCGGCAUACGAGCAGGGCAGGAUGAAUGCCAAGCGGCGACGAGAACAAGGGGCCUGCAGCUUAUUUUUCAAGAGGCAUUGCCAAGCGUGGUGGUGGGUGGGGCGUCAGGCCAUGGGUCGGUCAAUCAGUGUGGUUGCACGGCAUGGACUGACUGACUUGACCGCAUGGGACUGCAUGGGUAGCGUGGGUAGCGAGUGUGCAGGCUGUGAGCGAGUAGUGACUCGCCAAGCUCUGCGAGAACUCCAAGCCCGGUGCUUCACACCCUGCAAGGCAGGUCGAGGUCGUCAUCCCUCCUGGCUCCCAUGCCUGCGUCUCGCCCCUCGCCCCCUUCCAGCCCCCUAGCAAUUUGACACACGGCGCUAGCGCCCACCGCGUCAUCUUCUAAAAACACCCGCAAUCCCUGCUGGCUGGCUGGGAGGGAGUGGGAGUGGGAGUGGGAGUGGGAGUGCUAGGGGCAGUGCGCGACAGUGGGCGUGGGACCGUCAGUGGGACAUUUUACUUGGGAGCGUGGAUGCGUGCGUGAUGAGUGGGUGUGAGUGAGAGUGAGAGUGAGACGACUGAGACUGAGACUGAGAGAUGAGUCGUCCAGCUGCAGCCCAAGACCACAGCCCACAACCCCCCUGGUCUGUCGCCUGCUGUUUGGCCCAGUGUUCCAGCCCCAGCUGCAGUUCCAGUGAGCUGCUCUCUCCACCAGUCAGUCACUGUGUCCUCGACUCCUCGCCCCCCCUCGCUCCCCCCCCGCACGCCCGACUUUCUCGCUUCGCACGUCGCACGCUCACCGCUGCAGCCUGACCUGACCAGCGACGGCAGACGAGGAUGGGCCCAGCUAGCUCCGGGCCAAUCUCUACCCUUGCUACCGUCCUUUGCCAGCCCAUAUAUCCCAUUGGAUGUCCACCCUGGCAUGGCUCUUGCUCUUGCCACCCUUGUCCCUUGUCCUUCGUCCUUCGUCCUUUGCAUCGCAAUGCGAAUAUAAACCUUGUCGCGUUUAUUCCUGCGUUGUCGUCAGUCAGUCAGUCAGUCCAGUCCACUACUGCUUAACUCGAGUUUUAUACUCGAGCUCUAUCUCAACUCUACCUUUCUACCCAGCCCAACCCCCCCCCCCCCCCCCCCCCGCCUACCUUACUCAAGACCGCCGCCGCCGGCACUCUCCUGCUCCACUCAAAGCCCCUACCUCGUCCUUUUAUUACCCUGACCACUUCCCCCCCCCUACCUCGUCGGUCCCAUCCCCUACCCUUCCAAGAUUCGACAAUCCUUCCUCAUCCAAACUUGUACCAGUCUAUUUUACCCCUCCCUAGUCGCAUCACAUACUUCAUCUCAAUCUCAAGGCGGUUCGUCUGCAACAGGUACUUUGCCCUCGUUCAGUCAAGCUCUUUUCCUAUUUCUGCUUUGCGUUCCGGCAUUUGUUUCUGCUCCUGCCCUCAUCUCAUAAGCUUCCGCAACCCUCGUCAAUCCACUAUUUAAAAAGCGAGGCCCUGCGAAAAUCACUCAGUUCUCGGACAUUGCUUGAUCGCUUGUACCUCCUUGUCAAUUAUCUGAAGAAUCCGUAAUAGAGCAAGGCUUCUGUUAAACUGAGGUACAUCCUCGUACUUUCCUUCCCUUGUCCCCCCAGUCAUUCUCUCCCUCCAUCCACCUUCUCUCUCGACUCCAUUAUUCUUUUUGUCCGUCCGUCCAAAAGCAGGAGAUCAGACACCAGGUCUCGCAAGCUGCAGCCAACCCUCGUCUUCAAGGAUUCGCCGCGCCGCGCUUUCCUUACGUCUGGAGUGUCAAGAGAGAUAAACAACACGACGCGUCUGCUUUUUUCCCAAUGGUUACUAUAUCUUACCAUUGCGUUUACCAUUACAUUUAAGGAACUCGUCACUGACAUUUCUGUUCUAUGCAGCAUCAUCCCCACCAUACGCAGCAGGGCCCUCCACCUCCGCAUCAUCUCCAACAACCUCGACCCUCGAGCAUUGUUCACCAACAUCACCAGCAACAGGUUCCCCCUCAGUCGCAACACUCCAAUCCAUACCCUCCCGCACACGGUCUGCCGCAAUACAACCAGAGUGCGCCAGGAGCAGGUGGUCACAACCCCCAGGAGUUGCCAUACUAUACCACUCAGUCUCACCCGAGCCCGUAUAGUACACCAAGCGCAUCCGGAACAUACUCUUCUGCAGCAGAAGGUACUCCUGACAUCAUGGCUGCCGCCCAAAUGACGCGACCAUAUCCGCCCAUCUCAUACCAUACCCCCCAGUCCAACUCUCCAGCUUCAGUUGCGUCUCCCUCUGGACAUGAUCAACACAGAAUGUAUGGCGCGCCAACCUCGCAGUUGCAACAAAACUCUCAAAUGUACUAUGCCGGCCCUCAACAGCAGUAUCCCCCAAUGCCGCCCCAGAGUGCUCCAUCGUAUGCGCCACAUCCGCAACAACAACAGCAUCAGCAACAGCAGCAGCAACACCAUCAAUCCAUGACUUCUCAGCCAAACCUCUUGAUGUCUCAAACACCAGCUCAGCACCAGAUGCAACAGCACCCAAGCCAACAUGGUCAAGCAGGGAUGACGGGAAGUCCAAGAACCAAGAUGGAACCACAUGCUCCACAGAUCUCUCGCCCAGCUGCUCCUUUGGGACCUCCACAACAACAACAGCAGCAACAGCAACCUCAACAGCACCCAGCAAAUGGUCCACCCAUGAACCAAAACAAUGUGCCCGGUGCUGGUGGAAGUGGUGGUGUCAAUCCAAAUGCGGCUCCAGGUCCAAUUCCAGCCACAACUCCACUGGUUGUGCGACAAGACAACAAUGGCGUGCAAUGGAUUGCAUUUGAAUACUCUCGCGAUCGCGUCAAGAUGGAGUACACCAUUCGAUGUGACGUUGAGUCUGUCAAUGUGGAUACAUUGAGUCCAGAGUUCAAGACGGAGAACUGCGUCUACCCAAGAGCUUGUUGCAGCAAGGACCAGUACCGUGGCAAUCGCUUAGUUUACGAGAACGAGUGCAAUACGGUUGGAUGGGCUUUGGCAGAGUUGAACCCCUGCCUUCGCGGCAAGAGAGGAUUGAUCCAGAGAGCUGUUGACAGUUGGCGCAACAGCAACCAAGAUCCACGACUGCGAAGCAGACGUGUGAGAAGGAUGGCGAAGAUCAACAAUCGCAAAGCUGUUCAGACGGCUUCCCAUCCUCCUCACAUGGCUGGUCCCAGUGGUCCAACAGGGAUGCCACCAUCUGGAAACAUGGGCCCAGGCGGAGCGAGUAACAUGGGCAAACCUAGCUUGAGUGGAAUGGGUCCGCAAUUGCACCAUCACCACAAUCACCCGGAUGGAAGUACUGGAGGAGGGGAUGAUGUCGAUAACGAAGAGUACCUAGACGAAGAUCAACACCAUCACCACCAUCAAGCACCUCCCGGCGCGCCCAAUUCCAACUCCCAAGAUGAUGUUCGAGACUCCCACGUCUUCCCUGGCUACGGUGGCUCGGCAUAUCCGCCAAACCCUUCUGCCGUCGGCGGUCCAUCAAUGACCCCCGCGAUGCACUCUUCUCACGGCGGGGCCCCCCACCCUUCCCAUUCCAUCUCAGCGCGCUCUUCCCACGUCAACUCCAGUUCGCACUCCAAAGGCAACACGGAAGAGAUGGCCGAGGAAGAGCGCAUAACCCUAUUCGGCGAUAUCCCAGAGGCCAAGAAGCGCAAGUUCAUCCUCGUCGACGACCCAGGAAAGGGAGGUCGUGUCCGCGUCCGCGUCACCCUCGAUACCGUCGACACUGACGAGAUCCCCGACUCCUUCCGCAAGAGCAACUCCGUCUACCCUCGAUCGUGGUUCCCCAUCCAGAUGCAAUCGCCUCCCCCUUCGGCGCACGGAUCCCGCUUCUUCGAGGAAGGAGACGAGGACGAUACCGUUGAGGUCGAGGGUCGUGGUAGCUCCCGAGGGAGAGGAGGCGCGAAGGGCAAGCAGAUGUAUACCGUUCCGCUGCCCGACGGAGGAGAAGCCGAAGUCGGUAUCCCGAGGAUGCGAAAGAGUAUUCGUACUAAGGAGGUCAAGCUCAAUGAUCUGGGGUAUCGCAUGACGUGGCACCAGAGUCGGGUGUUUGCUGAUAAGACGGUGUUCUUGCAGAAAGCUUUGGAUUCCUACCGCAACAAAGUCCGCACCACGAUGGAGAGCACAGGCAAGGACGUCGCUGCCAUUGCGCCGCAUUUCGAGACCCGCGUCGGCAAGAGACAGUGGAAUGAUAGGAGCAAGCGCGAGAGGAGGAGUGAGGAUGCUUGAGCGACUUUUUGGGUCGCACACUCGGCAUUUAUAUAUCUAGGUAUCUCUACACGGCUUGCUUACUUGCUUGCUGGCUUGCUGGCUGGCUGGCGUCCAAUCACUCGGUACCUGGAUUUUGCAUCCCGGCGCAACCCUUUCGGUACACGGACGGAUUUCUUUCUUCGACUUACUUUACAAUUUGUUCGGGUUUUCAACUUUCACUACACUUCAUCCAGCAAAGCGGACCUGAGCGAGCGAGCGAGCGAGCAUACAUAUAUAUCUAAAUUUUGCCCAUCCUUAGUGUUGUUGUUGGUUUUUUUGUGGCAUGUUCUGCAUCUCUUGGUUUUUUUCUUGUUUUUUUGUUUUUUUUUUUUUUGUCGUUGCAUCGGCAUCGCAUUGCAUCGCUUGCGUCGGUCGGUCGGUCAGUCAUUCAAUCAGUCAAUCAUCGCUUUUUCUUGGGGAAAUGCUUUGCAGGUUAUGUAUGGGUUGAAUGGCGGGGAUAGGGAUAGGAUGGGGUAGGGAUGGGAUAGGAGGGGAUGAGAUGAGGGUUAUGAUUUCCCCUUUUUUUUCGUGGUGGUGGUGGUGUCCUUGAGAAUGAUGUUUAUUUUUGUUUUUAUUUUUUGGCUUUUGAUUUUUUGCGACGGUUCUUGGGCUGGGGCUGGUGGAUUAGGUGGGUGGAUUGGGU